GAGACUACACAAAGGGAUCUACUCCCUCCCUUAGCAGGAAAGGGCUACAAUGAGUGAUAUGAGCUGAAGGAGAAUGCUCUCGCGGUUAUGACGCUGAUCACUACAAUACCGACCCCUCGAUUGAAAUGGAUUUGCGAUCUUAAUAAAAGAAGAAAAUCUAGGUUUUUUUCUGGAUAUAUCCGAAGCACUCAUUGAUGGAAAGGUUCAAAGCAUCGUGGAAAUGAGAAGCAUCCGAGUGUGGAAACAGGCAGCGCGUUGGCUGUUUGUUUUCUCUCUGUUAUGGAAUACAAUUGUAGCUCAAAUUCGCUACACUAUACCAGAGGAACUAAAAGAAGGGUCCGUUGUUGGAAACAUUGCAAAGGACAUUGGUCUGGACAUUUCAGACAUCGCUAAUCGUAAGUUACGAAUAGCCUCUGAUUCUAAUACGCAAUAUUUUAGUGUGGAUACAAGGAAUGGUGAGCUGAUAGUCAAUGGUAGAAUAGACCGAGAGGCGCUCUGUGGACAAAGCGCCAGUUGUCUGAUGCCGUUACAACUGGUUAUAGAAAAUCCAUUGCAGUUAUAUCGUGUGAAUAUAGAGAUACAAGAUAUAAAUGACAAUGCACCGAAUUUUCAUACAAAUGAUGACGUUUUGAAAAUAGCUGAAUCGGUAGCUGUGGGCGCAAAAUUUCCAUUUGAAAGUGCCGAGGAUUUAGAUGUUGGUAGCAAUAGUCUCAAAUCAUAUACUUUGAGUAAUAACGCUUUUUUUCGUUUAAAUGUGAAAACACUGGAAGACGGUAAGAAAGUACCAGAGUUAAUAAUUGAUAAACCACUUGACCGAGAGAAACAGUCUGUACAUAAGCUCAUUUUAACAGCAUUAGACGGUGGCGAUCCUGCCAAAUCUGGAACUAUUAUGAUACAAGUAAUCGUUCAAGAUAUUAAUGACAAUGAGCCAAAAUUUGAACAAUCGCAAUAUAAAGCAUCUGUGCAGGAGAGUACGACAUUUGAUUCAAGCGUCUUAACUGUAAAAGCCACUGACUUAGAUGAAGGUCUUAACGGCGAAAUACAGUAUUUUUUCGGUGCACAUACACCAGAUCACGUGAGAAACAUUUUCAGUAUCAAUGUUGAAACCGGAGAUAUUACAGUGAUUGGAAAACUAGAUUACGAGUUAACAAAAUUAUACACGUUUGAUGUCUGCGCUAAAGACAAAGGGAGCCCAGAACAGGAGGGCCGUUCUUCAGUGAGGCUGCACAUCAUUGAUGAGAAUGACAAUAUGCCCGAAAUCAUUUUGACAUCUUUACCUAGCCCAGUGUCAGAGAAUGCAUCAGUCGGUACAGUUGUAGCUUUAAUCAACGUAAAAGACUUAGAUUCUGGUAAUAACGGGAAAGUAAAUCUUACCAUCUCCUCUCGUUUUCCUUUUAAACUAAAACCAGCAUUUGACAAUCACUAUUCUUUGGUAACUGACUCACUCUUGGACCGUGAAGCUAAUGCAGAAUAUGACAUAGAAUUAGAAGCAACCGACUCUGGUGUACCAUCUUUAAAAUCUAGGAAAACUUUAAAUGUAAAAAUACUUGAUGUGAAUGACAACCCUCCCGUAUUCUCACAGUCUUCGUACACAGUGUAUAUAAAGGAAAAUAGCCCACCAGGUGCUUCAUUGUUUUCAGUAUCUGCGUCUGAUAUUGACCAAGAUAAGAACGCAAUACUGAGUUACUCAAUUCUAGAUUUAAGCUCAAAUCCGAUUCCAGCAUCAUCUUAUUUUUAUAUCAACUCUGAGAACGGAACUAUUUACAGCAUGAGCUCAUUUGAUUAUGAGAAAACAAAAUUGUUCAGUGUUAUAGUUCAAGCGAAAGAUCAUGGCUCUCCAUCUCUGAGCAGAAACGCCACUGUUCAUGUUUUCAUUAUGGACCAUAACGAUAACGCUCCUGCUGUCAUUUACCCGUCCACAUCCAUGGGGUCUGUCCCUCAUCAGAGGAUGCCCCGUUCUGCUAAAGCAGGACAUCUCGUCACUAAGGUAACAGCAGUGGACGCGGACUCGGGUCAUAACGCCUGGCUCUUCUACAGGCUCGCGGAGGCCACGGACGCGUCACUGUUCAGUGUGAAUUUACACACGGGAGAGGUGAGGACUAAACGCGCUGUUUCAGAGCAAGAUGACUCCUCUCAGAGACUGAUGAUAGAGAUAAAGGAUAAUGGAGAACCGAUCCAGUCCACCACAGUAACAGUGGAUAUACUGAUAGAGGACGGGUUUCAUGAACCCAUCUCAGACUAUAGAGAGAAAACUAUCGAGCCCAACAAGAAAAGCGGUAAAAUUACUUUAUACCUGAUCAUCUCUUUAGCCGCUGUGUCCUUGUUGUGUCUGAUGACGUUUUUCAUCCUACUGGUGAAAUGUGCGCGAGGCAGUAGAGGCGGCUCAAGCUGCUGUAUCAGGCGAACUGAUUCUGGAUACAAGAACCCCAACAGAAACCUGCAGAUCCAGCUCAACACUGACGGUCCCAUUAAGUAUGUGGAGGUUCUGGGAGGAGACAUGAUGUCUCAGAGUCAGUCCUUUGGCUCCUAUCUCUCUCCAAUGUCAGAAUUCAGUGAUCUCACUCUCGUUAAGCCCAGCAGCACCACAAACUUUACAGACACGUUAAACGUGCUUGAUGCGUCAUUACCAGACAGCGCGUGGACGUUCGAGAGCCAACAGGUGAGACGCAGAAUAAUUAAUUACCUCAUUGGAGCUCAGAUUCGCUACACAAUACCUGAAGAGUUAAAGGAAGGAUCUAUCGUUGGGAAUAUCGCAAAGGAUCUUGGGUUUGACAUCUCAGAUAUCGCCGAGCACAAAGGGAACCCACAGCUCGAGGGACAGUCAUCGGUUCAGAUAGAUAUCAUAGAUGAGAAUGACAACCCUCCAGAGAUUAUAUUAACAUCUUUACCGAGCCCUGUGCCUGAAAAUGCAACGGUGGGAACUGUGGUGGCUCUGAUUACCGUCAAAGAUUUGGACUCCGGUGUUUCAUUGUUUUCUGUAUCUGCGUUUGAUAUUGACCAAAAUAAAAACGCUAUACUCGCUUACUCGAUUUUGGAUUUAAGUUCAAGUCAAGUUCCAGCAUUAUCUUAUUUUUAUAUCAAUUCUGAGAACGGAACUAUUUACAGCAUGAGCUCAUUUGAUUAUGAGAAAAUUAAACUAAUCAGUAUCGUAGUUCAAGCUAAAGAUCAUGGCUCUCCAUCUCUGAGCAGCAACGCCACUGUUCAUGUGUUUAUUUCGGAUCGGAACGAUAACGCACCAGCUGUCAUUUACCCGUCCACAUCCAUGGGGUCUGUCCCUCAUCAGAAGAUGCCCCGUUCUGCUAAAACAGGACAUCUCGUCACUAAGGUAACAGCAGUGGACGCGGACUCGGGUCAUAACGCCUGGCUCUUCUACAGGCUCGCGGAGGCCACGGACGCGUCACUGUUCAGUGUGAAAUUACACACGGGAGAGGUGAGGACUAAACGCGCUGUUUCAGAGCAGGAUGACUCCUCUCAGAGACUGAUGAUAGAGAUAAAGGAUAAUGGAGAACCGAUCCAGUCUACCACAGUCACAGUGGAUAUACUGAUAGAGGACGGGUUUCAUGAACCCAUCUCAGACUAUAGAGAGAAAACAGUCCAGCCCAACAAGAAAAGCGGCAAAAUUACAUUAUAUCUGAUCAUCUCUUUGGCUUCUGUGUCCUUGUUGUGUCUGAUGACGUUUUUCAUCCUACUGGUGAAAUGUGCGCGAGGCAGUAGAGGCGGCUCAAGCUGCUGUAUCAGGCGAACUGAUUCUGGAUACAAGAACCCCAACAGAAACCUGCAGAUCCAGCUCAACACUGACGGGCCCAUUAAGUAUGUGGAGGUUCUGGGAGGAGACAUGAUGUCUCAGAGUCAGUCCUUUGGCUCCUAUCUCUCUCCAAUGUCAGAAUUCAGUGAUCUCACCCUCGUUAAGCCCAGCAGCACCACAAACUUUACAGACACGCUAAACGUGCUUGAUGCGUCAUUACCAGACAGCGCGUGGACGUUCGAGAGCCAACAGAGAUUUGUUGAUGGGAAUAUCAAGCGCAACAGAGAAAUGAGGCACAGGAGGAUCAGAGGGUGGAAAUGGGCAGCGCUUUGGCUGUUCGCUUUCUCUCUAUUGUGGAAUACAGUUGGAGCUCAGAUUCGCUACACAAUACCUGAAGAGUUAAAGGAAGGAUCUAUCGUUGGGAAUAUCGCAAAGGAUCUUGGGUUUGACAUCUCAGAUAUCGCCGAGCGUAAGUUACGGAUAGCAUCUGAAUCAAAUAGACAGUAUGUCAGUGUGGAUUCGGGGAAGGGUGAUCUGGUAGUAAAUGGCAGAAUAGACAGAGAAACGCUCUGUGGACAAAGCGCCAGUUGUCUAAUGCCACUGCAGAUCGUUAUUGAGAAUCCAUUACAGAUGCAAAGGGUAGAGAUAGAUAUACAAGACAUAAAUGACAAUACACCAAACUUUCAUACUAAAGAUGCCAUAUUAAAAAUAUCUGAACUGACUGCUCCAGGCGCUCGAUUUACCCUUGAAAGUGCCGAGGACCUCGAUGUUGGCAGCAAUAGCCUAAAGUCCUAUUCAUUAAGCAAUAACAAUUUCUUCCGUUUAAAUUUAAAGACACUUAAAAACGGAAGGCAAAUACCAGAGCUAGUGCUUGAUAAAUCACUAGAUAGAGAGAAACAGGCAGCUCACAAACUAAUAUUAACAGCUCUAGAUGGCGGUAAUCCGGUCAAAUCUGGCACAUCUUUACUGCAAAUAAUUGUUCAAGAUUUUAAUGACAACGAACCAAAAUUUGAAGUUGCUGCAUACAAAGCAUCUGUUUUAGAAAGCGCCGUUGUUGGUUCAAGUGUGAUCAAAAUAAAAGCAACCGAUUUGGAUGAAGGUCCUAAUGGUGAAAUACAGUAUUCAUUCGGUGCGCACACGCCUGAACUUGUAAGAAAUGUGUUUACCGUAAACGCUGAAACCGGUGAAAUAACAGUCAUUGGAAAACUAGAUUACGAGACUAAAAAAACGUAUACGUUUGAUGUCUGUGCUAAAGACAAAGGGAAUCCAGAGCUCGAGGGACAGUCAUCGGUUCAGAUAGAUAUUAUAGAUGAGAAUGACAACCCUCCAGAGAUUAUAUUAACAUCUUUACCGAGCCCUGUGCCUGAAAAUGCAACGGUGGGAACUGUGGUGGCUCUGAUUACCGUCAAAGAUUUGGACUCCGGUAAUAAUGGAAAAAUUGAGCUAAUUGUUUCUACGGAUGUUCCAUUUAAAUUGAAACCCUCAUUUGACAACUACUAUUCCUUGAUAACUGACUCAUUUCUUGACCGUGAGGUUCAUUCAGAGUAUAAUGUAGAAAUACUGGCCAUAGACUCUGGUGUCCCACCCUUAAAAACUGUGAAGACAGUAAAUGUUAAAGUAAUUGACGUGAAUGACAACCCUCCAAUAUUUUCUCAGUCCUCGUUUAACGUUUACGUAAACGAAAAUAAUCUGGCAGGUGUUUCAUUGUUUUCUGUGUCUGCAUGUGAUAUUGACAUAGACAAGAACGCUCUACUCACUUAUUCAGUUUUGGAUUUAAGUUCUAAUCACGUUCCAGCAUCAUCUUUUUUCUAUAUUAAUUCUGAGAACGGAACUAUUUACAGCAUGAGCUCAUUUGAUUAUGAGAAAAUUAAACUAAUCAGUAUCGUAGUUCAAGCUAAAGAUCAUGGCUCUCCAUCUCUGAGCAGCAACGCCACUGUUCAUUUGUUUAUUCUGGACCGGAACGAUAACGCACCAGCUGUCAUUUACCCGUCCACAUCCAUGGGGUCUGUCCCUCAUCAGAGGAUGCCCCGUUCUGCUAAAGCAGGACAUCUCGUCACUAAGGUAACAGCAGUGGACGCGGACUCGGGUCAUAACGCCUGGCUCUUCUACAGGCUCGCGGAGGCCACGGACGCGUCACUGUUCAGUGUGAAUUUACACACGGGAGAGGUGAGGACUAAACGCGCUGUUUCAGAGCAGGAUGACUCCUCUCAGAGACUGAUGAUAGAGAUAAAGGAUAAUGGAGAACCGAUCCAGUCCACCACAGUAACAGUGGAUAUACUGAUAGAGGACGGGUUUCAUGAACCCAUCUCAGACUAUAGAGAGAAAACUAUCGAGCCCAACAAGAAAACUGGUAAAAUAACGUUAUAUCUGAUCAUCUCUUUGGCUUCUGUGUCCUUGUUGAGUCUGAUGACGUUUUUCAUCCUACUGGUGAAAUGUGCGCGAGGCAGUAGAGGCGGCUCAAGCUGCUGUAUCAGGCGAACUGAUUCUGUAUACAAGAACCCCAACAGAAACCUGCAGAUCCAGCUCAACACUGACGGGCCCAUUAAGUAUGUGGAGGUUCUGGGAGGAGACAUGAUGUCUCAGAGUCAGUCCUUUGGCUCCUAUCUCUCUCCAAUGUCAGAAUUCAGUGAUCUCACCCUCGUUCAGCCCAGCAGCACCACAAACUUUACAGACACGCUAAACGUGCUUGAUGCGUCAUUACCAGACAGCGCGUGGACGUUCGAGAGCCAACAGGUGAGACGCGGAAUAAUUAAUUACCUCCGCAUCACUAGAUAA